AUGAGUAUUAGUGGAACCGCCGUAGUAGUUGCAGCAGCUACAGUGUUCAAACGAAAUACAGAAGGUUGUGUUGGUGUAUCGAAUGAAGAUAUUUUUCAACGUUUUCUAUACAUCAAAAAUUUCAUUCAUAUUCCGAAAAGUUACUUCACAGAAGAUAAACAAUUGCUUCAUUCAAAUUCAGUUGCUAAACAUUUAUCAUUGAUUAAUCGAAAUUGUUUACGUGAUACGAAGUGUUUCGUUUCACUGAUAAAAAUUCCUGAAGAAAGUUAUAAAGAAAUCGACGAAACUAAUAUGAGUAAAAGAAUAAAUCCUAAUAAUCUAUGUAUUACAUCAUCAUUAUCUGUAAUGAAUCCAUAUAAAUAUGAUUAUGUACAAAUUACAUAUCCAGCUGAUAGAUUGAAAUUAUCAAACUUACAAAUUAUUGUUAAACAUGAGGAGGUUAGUUGA